GAAAAAUAUAAAAGGCAUAAAAUGUGAUCUUUGUGGGUAAUAUUGUAUGACAGUGUUCUACUUGAUUUAUUAAAAUGAAGAAUACUUUGGUAGCUUUGUGCCUGUGCUUAACAAUUUUUGAAAGUAAAGCUCUAAUCUUUCAAGGUUUAAAAGAUACUCAAACUCAAUCACCCUCGGUCAGUGUCAAACUAGAGACAUUUGAAAAGAGUCAGUAUUAUAUUGGAUUUGCCUUUAAAGGAACCUGGUUUGAAGCUUUGCUACACUGUAAACUACUCAAUAUGGACUUAGUGAGUGUUGAGACCGAAGCAGAAAAUGAUUUUCUUUUUGAUAAGAUGAAGGCGCUAUUUGGAGGUGAUGAUGACUAUCGAUUUUGGUCAUCAGGAUCCCUUCUCGUUGACGACAAAUGGGUAUGGAUGGGAACAGGUCUACCAAUAACAUACUUCAACUGGAUGGAAAAACAGCCCGACAAUGCCAGGAAGAAUGAAAAAUGUCUUGAAAUUAGAUAUAAUCCCCAUGGUGGUCUUCUAUGGAAUGACGAAAAUCAAAAUAAGGACUUGCACGUUGUUUGUGAAUCUAAAAUGUGAAAAACUGUAGAAUAUUGUCUUGGUUAUAAUACAGUCUACUUACCUUUAGAAAUGAAAAUUGUUUUGUGCAAUA